GUGAUGGUGUGUGUGAAAGUGUAGAAAAAUUUAGAGUUGACUGUCUUGAGGAGGAUGUGUACGUAGGCAACAAAUCAACAUCUCACAAACAGUUCCCGCUCUUCUUCAGUAUGUCAUGGCUGUGCUCUCUAUGCAAUGCAAAUCUCUGCCCACAUUAAAGCCCAGACCCAAGCACAAUCUCAAUUGCCACAAAGGAUUCAGAUCUCAUGGCGUAUUUACUCUUUAGGACGUCUUGAAGAUAACUGUAACACUAGGGUUUGUAGUUUGAGGACUCUAGGUUCUGAGAACAGAACCUAAGGUCUUGAUUGAGAAGCAGAUUAAUAAGAAAGCAAGAUCGGCCACAAGGAGGGGUAUUCAAAAAAAAAAUGUUGCUGUAAGGAUGAUGAAAAGGAAUUGGCUGCAAAGGAUGAAGAUGGUGGGAAGAUUGUUGGUGGUGGUAGUAAGUCCAAGGGAGAGAAAUCUGCAGCAAAAAAGAGUAAGUUGGAAAGUGGGGAUGAAGUUAUAAAGGGUGAUAAUGCUCCAUCCAGGGAGAAGUCUAAGAUUCCAAUGAAGCGAAAGAGGGGUGCUGAUGGGGGAAUGGGACAGGGUUUCUUGUCAGGGACAGAGAGAAGUUCACUGAGGCUGCAGCCAAGGAAGGAUGUUCCUAUGUUCCAGAAGGUAGAUUUGGCUGAGAAUGAUAUUAAAAGGAUUGUUGGUGAGAAAGUCAAUUGUCAGGUUCAAGAAGAUGGUUUGUUGGCCAGGUGAUUGUUUCACUCUGAGAACUAAACCCAAGUAUAAGAAAAAAGCCAAGGAUCAGGAUGGUGGUAAGUUUAGUGCAGAAACAUUGAAAUCAGAAGACUCUGUUGAGGAGGGUGAUGCAGAACAGUUGAAAAAGGUCUUCGGAGACGAAAUAAGAAAUGCUCAGAGGGAUGAAAAGUUGUAUUCUGAACAGAGGAGGAAAGCUAACGAUGUUAAGAAGAAAUAUCCUAUGACUUAGGUGGCCUUCAAGUUAAUAAAAAUUGAGAACAAGGUCGGAUUACCAUUUUUGCAAGCAUGGAUAAAUAGUGAAGAGAUAGAACAGACUCCAAAAGGUGAGCUUUUUUUUCCUUUUUGUUUGGAUUGUGAGGAUGGACUGUGGAGGUGCUUUGAAAAUGGGAAAUGGGUAUGGAACAGAUGGCAGAGAAACAAGAGCAGGACAAUAUGGAAGACAGAGCAGGAUGAAGGGGAGAGGUACCUUUUGAGUGUAAUGUGAUUGCAGUGAUGUAUGAUCACAUUGAGGCAGAAAUUUUCAACAGUUUAAUGAUCAAAUCAUGCUUUAUGGAAGAGAACAUGGGGUGGUCAAAUUGAAAGGAUGCCUUCUGAGUCAUGUGUGAUUAAUGGGGAAUUAUGUAAGAUGAUUAGAAGUCCAUUUCAUGCUUCAAAGACAGAAUACUAGGUCACAGAACAUGCAUGUCCAUAGAAAACACUGAAGGCAUCAGAAACAAAAUACAGUAUGUUAGAAUUAUCUAUAACUGCAUCAAAGAAGACCUAGGUGGGUAUUAAUAGGCAAUGGGGCAACACUCAUCAGUUAAAUGUAUCCUGCAGGUCUUCUAUAUCUAUAUAACCACUCUGGUUUUGAUCAAAGAAUGCAAAAUCUUUGUGUUGGUAUCCACUAUUGCCAUCUUACUAAAGUGAAUUGGAACUGCAGCAAACUGUAUUAUCAGAUUCCAUCCUCAUCAAUAUUGACAUGUAGUAAACACAUUUUAAUUAGUAAAAUCUAGAAAAACCUAACACACGUGAAAUAUACUGCAAUGUUGAGUUGUCAAGUUCUAUGACUGUGUAGGCAUAGUUGUGCAGCAAUGAUCAAAACUUGGUGAUAAAGGGUUAGAACAUUUUUUUCUUGCAUUAAUUUGUUAUUUUCUCCAUGUAAAACUUUGAUAAUGUGAAUAUCUUUUCUAUU